UUCAAAAAUAACACGCAUGCAGCCGCACCAUUUAAAUGUUUUAAAAGUCGUCCGUGUCCCCUGUUUAUCCCGAGUGUGAAUUAGUGAAAAGAGAGAUCAGCAGCACGUUUGAACAACUCGUCUCGUUUAAGAAAUUGACCUGUGUGCCAGUUCAGGUUAAAUAAGCAUCAUGGGAUCCAGUGAGAGCAAGAUAUGUGCACCAAUAAAACCAGAACCAGCCAUCAAAAACGUCAGAGUCAAUCAUCUCGUUGAUCCACGCUCGCCUUCAACGGGAAUCGAUCGUACGCCCAUUCAGGUUGGUGGGCUUGGACUCAAAGCUGUUGUUGAGUGUCCACUGGCAUUCACGGAUCCUCGCUCACCUACUGUCGGCAUUUCCCGCACCCCUGCCAGAGAAGUCAUGAGAGCAACAGUUGGAUCCUUUGCUCGGCGCCUGGGCAUGCUUUUCCACAAUGAGAUUGAAGGCAAAGCCCCCGAAGCUCCUCAGAAACACUUGAGUGAUGCCGUGGAGGAGGAAUUUAAGGGCGAAGAGCUGGCUUCCACUGAGCCCCUCCUGACUCCUCAGCCCUACCGCAACUUCGGCUCCCUGGCUGAACUCUCUAACCUUCUCGACACUCCUGUGCUGCCCCCUCUCCAAAAUAUGGGCAGUUCGAGCCCCUUUGUGUUCCUUGAUGAGCCCCAAGUGCAGGUGGAGGUAGAAACUGAGGCUGAAAUUAGCCUGGAGGAGGCGGAAGAAGCAAAAGAGUCACCUCUUCACAAGAGAUUGAGCAUGAGCCUGAUAACUUGCCAUGAGGGCGCAACCUCAUCCCAGAUCUUUGCUGAGGUGCACCGUGACAGUACUUCAUCUCCAGUGCCUGGUGUGGGAGUGGAACCACUUGGAGAUUGUGUGGAUCAUUCUUAUGCUCUUCCGUCUAUCACAGUUGAACCAGAGUCUCCUGCUGAGCCUCUAUCCACUGAUCCAGGUGAUUCCCCAGCUCAGUUGUCCCCCUGCACUGACUCAGAUGAAGCGCCAUCUUCUGAGGAAACAAAAGACAAUGUUAAAGAAUCAUCUUUGCCUUCUGCACUUGCUUCAUCAGAGCCACCCACUGUCCCUAGCCCAGAGCAGCCACAGGCUGCCCCCGGCAUCCGCUGCCCCACCUUCGACCCCAAGAGCCCCAGUCAGGUGGUGUUCAAGCCGCAGUGGUUGGGAAAAGGUUUUGGCGCCACUGGGCUAAGAGCAAGAGGAGUGCAGGGGCACGUUGGAAAAGGAGGCUCCUCUCCUCUCGCUGUCCGCGUGGCUGUAAAGAAUGCAACCAAUGAAAACAAGGGACUGUCUGGAAAGCGGAAGCAGAAAGGUACUACUGAGGGCCGCUCCCCACUGCAGAUCCUUAAGACCAACUCACCCAGGGACCAGCUUUCUCAGACAAAGCUGAAGGUCUCCACCCCAGAUAAGCAGAGGCUAGGACAGAUGGAUCGCAGAGUGCUGGCAGUGUCUCUGGAUAAGGAGAAUAGAUGAUUCACCGCUGUAAUGUGUACAUAAUUCAUCUCACCACUUAUCUCUUAAAACAAGCUUUUAUGUGUACAGCUUUCUUAAAAUGAUGAUUUUCCGCCCCGUGUAUAUUACUUUGUGCUUUGAGCUGUUUUCUAUCCUGUAUUGUCCUCUUGUAAAUAUAAAUAAAAUUAUUUGCAUGUA